CUGCUGACAGAAAGGAGGAAAGUGACGGGAAGCACGGAGCAGCAGAAUCUGAACAGUCACAGAGCGGCUUGGUUGGAGUUUCUUCUUGUUCUAAGGAAAGAUGAGCUGUAUUCCUGCCUCACACAGUAUGAACACCAUCCUCAGUCCGGCCGACUCUCAGAUGGAAGAGGGUGCAGCACAGAGAAGAGGGAGCAGAGCCUAUCAGAUCUUCCCUGAAGUCAGCAUGAACGAUGAGUCAGAUUAUCCAGAAGAAUUCCUCUAUCGGAGGGAGCGCCUGCCCUCCAUCGUCGUAGAACCCACAGAGUACAGCGAGCAGGAGAGUGGGGAGCUGCGCUGGCCUCCUCACUGUCUGAUGUCCAAAAAUGUGGGGAAAGAUGAUGAUGAUGAAGAGGAGGAGAGCAGUGCUGAUCACACAGAGGGAUCUGUAGAUGGAGAGAAUCCAGAGGACAUGCGAGAAAGGUGAUGACC